AUGGGGAACUCGUCGACGGACGACUCCGCCACCACUGGCGACGCGCCGCCGUUAAAUUCCAGCGUCUACUCGGAGGGAGAGAUGAUCCUUGCGUACGACGCCAAGGCAAGCCACUUUUCCUUUCUCUUCCCCAACCUCCAUCUUCUUUAA